CGCGCACGGCGGUAUCCGAGCUUAAGGAUCGGUCUAAUCUCAUUCUAAUAAAAAGCUCACGCAUAUAUCGACGCGUUAUCAUUAGUUUGGAAUUAAAAUAGAUUUUUUUAUCGUGCUUCGGUCGUUCUGUGCGGUAUAGGUGUUGAAUAAUGUCAGACACGUGCCGUUUAUGGCUCCUUUUAUGGUUAUAUUUUGACGAUAAAUUAGUGAUUUUUUUAUUAGGGUUGUUUUCAUUGUAAUCACUGAGACUCCUCCGUUCAAACUGUGUGGUCGUGUUUGUUUUUUAAUUCUUAUUUGAAUUAUGGAAUUUAAUUGAGUUUGUGUUGUGACUUCGAGUUCAGUUGAUUGCAGUUAUCAAAAUGUUUUUGAGAUUCGAGCCAACGAAGUCAACAAAGGGCGCGAGCAAGAUGCGUCGCGACCUUAUCAACGCUGAGAUAUCAAACCUUCGCGACCUGCUGCCGCUCCCGCCCUCCACGAGACAGAGGCUCUCACAGCUGCAGUUGAUGGCCCUUGUGUGUGUCUACGUGCGAAAGAUGAACUAUUUUCAGCAAGUGUUCAAGAGUCACGACUUCAGUUAUCAGUACAAGGAACAACAGCCACCGACACCUAAUAUCGGAUUUUCUAAGGCAAUGAAUGGUUUCAUGAUGAUGAUGACACAGAAUGGCAAAUUGUUGUACAUAUCGGAAAACGCGGCUGAAUACUUGGGGCAUUCCAUGGAAGAUCUUCUAAUACAUGGCGAUAGUGUAUACGACAUAAUAGAUAGACAAGACCACCAAAUGGUUCAACUAGAGCUUAAUAGAGGCAGCAAUGGAGAGACUGAAAACGUACCAAAGAAUAGGCAUUUCUUCUGCAGAAUGAAUGUAUCCAGAAACGCUAGACGCCAGAUGAGAUUUGGUGACCAAAAAGUAGUUUUAAUUCGAGGCCAUUAUGUAUCAUACCUACCACUCUGUAGUAGAAACGAGCCAGUAUUUCUAGCUUCGUGCACUCCCCUGGCGAUGCCUGAAACCAGGGAGUGCGUAGUAAAUGGCGCCACCAAUGUGUUUACGACAAUACACUCAAUGGACAUGAAAAUUUUACACAUAGAUGCUAAUGGUGAAUGGUACUUAGGUUGGAAGAAAAGUGAAUUGGCAGACGUUUCCUGGUAUCAAAUCCUACAUUGGGACAGCUUACGGGAAGCACAGAGCAAACAUAGAUUAAUAACCCAAUCAGACCAAGACAAGUGCUGUAUACUUCUAGUGAAGCUCCAGCAGAGAAGUGGCCAGUUCCUAUGGGUUCACAUGGUGUUACAAGUGAAAGACGCCGCGGACACACCACGCCAGUUUAUUGUAGCUACUAAUCAAGUUUUAAGUGAAGAAGAAGCGUCAAUAAUGCUCGCGAACUCCUGGCUCUACCAAUACUACGGGUAUCAAAACCAACCUUGCGGCAUGCUAGACCCUCGAUGUCAGAAGUUCUUCAGGCGAGAACCAUCUUAUCCUGACCCCUACCAAGAGUACCAAUAUGUAGAGAAUCCAGAAGUUGAUUAUACUGGUUACCACAUGACGCCGUAUGUGCAUAAAACUGAUGAGUAUGGAUGUGAAAGGGUGUAUACUGAUCGAGGACCAGUUGAUUACUCAACGCAUUCACCACAGUCUACGAUAAGUGAAGAAAGAUCACCAUUGCACUAUGACGCACCGCCAGACAUAGUCGUAAACAGUAACAUGUACAUGUACCCCAUGCACGGUAAGAGGGAGUACUACGAACAGCAUCCCCAUGUACAUUACAAUGUCCAGGAACCAUGUGGCAGUACAAAUAUUGAAGCUAUUGAAUACCCGCCCGCUAAGAGGAUGCGUCUAGCGCCAGGUCCAUUGAGCAUAGAAGGCACCGACGGCAUGGAUCGAUGGAACCCCAGUCCACCCUGGUCGGAUACCCUCAAAAUAACUGACUACACCCAGAGGUUCACCUCCUAUAAUAUGAUACCUAUGCCUGCUGAAAGAGCUAUGGUCACUUAACUAUAACUUAUUCAAUAGUUUGUAUACUUAUUGUUAUUAUGGCACAAACACAUUCGCAAGUUGCAAUCCCCUAUUCCAUACAACACCAUGAGUGUUGAGUCAACACAAUAUAUUGUAGUAAAUUGGAAAAUAUUCCAACACCUCACAACACAUCGGGUGUUGAUAGUGUGUUGUGUUGUUAUGCAAGUGUGCCCGGGCCUUAAACACUCAAAGGGCUGUAUGCAAUACGGAAAAAAAUAAUUUUAUUUUAUUGCAAAUUGUUAAUUUAUUACCAUGAAAAGGAGGAUUUAAUUUUCAAAGAAUUUAUUCCAUUUAUGCUAAUAAAAUAAGAAAAUUGUAUGCAAUAUUGAGCAAUAUGGAAAAGAAAUAUAUACGAAAUUGUUUAAAUUAAAUAUUGGUCUUCCAUUUUUAUAACGAUGUAUUUUCGGCUGAAAUAAAAUAUGUUCACUAUUAUAAAUUAAAAAAAAAUUAAAGCUCAAUUUAUAUUGAACAGUUUAUCAGUAUUUUUAGUGUAAGAUUAUUGUACUUACAUCUAAGUUAUUAAAUGAUACUAUUGUUUGUAAGAAAACUGAAAAAGAUUCCGUCCAAAUAUUUUUCAUUGCAUUCCAAAGGAAUAAUUGUUUAGAUUUAUGUUCUCUACUUAAACUUCCAAGGAAGCAUAUUGUAAAUACUUAUAUGUAGAUAAGAUUAUUUUGUGUAAAUAACUGAUAUAAUGUAAUGUGUUAAGUAGUAAAAAUUAGAAAUAAAUGGUUUUUAAAAUCUUA